UAGGCCCGCCUGUGGUCUCUUUAUCUUAUUACAUUUUCUAAAAGAACUACCACCAUGUUGAUAUACAGAGGCUACAUUCCUCUUUAUGGGACCGUAUACGGUAAAUGUAGUUUCACAUUGUUUUUCACGUCAGGAAGUGAAAUUAAGAGAAAAAUCCAGCUCUGACAAGACAAACCGAACGUGUCAUAACACUUCCGAACGCUUGUCGAAGCAUGAAUAACCCCGUUUUUGACAAUUAAAAUGUGAAUGUGUGUGUGUGCGUUCUUCCUCUCAUCUUCGCAUCCCGGGCGUGUUGUAAAAAGGCGGAGCUAGAGCUGCAGUGCGAGGAAGAGAUGCGAGUGAGACAGGGCAGUCCGGAGGAAGCAAAAAUAACCAAAUGACAGGAAGCGUUGAUACUGAUUUAACAGUGAGCCCCGAGCCCUAUCAGAACAAACAGGCGCGCGCGCGCGCUGAGGGCAGACAUUGGAAUCAAACCAAGGUUUAGUUUCAUCCGCAUCUUCUUAUCAGAGGAAACCGUCCGCAUCCGCCACUACAGUAGUGACCUAGAAAGUAAACAGUUGUCUGGCAGAUGGAGAAGCAGGCCGGAGCUGCUGGGGCGGCGGACGGAGCAGGGUCGAACAGAAAACUCUGGGGCUCGCCGACCGGCUCACCAGCCACCGGAGAAACCCUGGACAGUCCAACAGGUUCUCAUGUUGAAUGGUGUAAACAGCUGAUCGCAGCCACCAUCUCCAGUCAGAUCUCAGGAUCAGCCCCGGCUGACGUCGGGAACAGGGACAACAAGGCUAGAAGAAGACCAGAUUUCAUGGUGUCCAAGCGGCUGACUCCCAGGAACCUUCCAGCUUUGAGAUACGGGACACAGGUCACAAUGUUCCAGAACCAGGUUCCUUUGCUACCAGGAGAGUCCAUCCAGACCACAGUCAAGGAUGUGAUGUAUAUCUGUCCAUUCAGCGGUCUGGUUAAUGGAACCCUGACCAUCACAGACUACAAACUGUACUUCACCAGUGCAGAACGGGAGGCUCCGUUCAUUCUGGAUGUGAAUCUGGGAGUGAUCAGCAGACUGGAGACCAUCAGUGUUACCAACCAGGGAGAGAACACCAAAGGCCUGGAGCUGGUCUGCAAGGACAUGAGGAGUCCCAGGUUUGCCUAUAAGACAGAGGAGAGCGACCCGGACGUGGCGGAGCUGCUGGACAAACACGCCUUCCCCCUCUCACACAGCCUGCCCCUGUUUGCCUUCCUGUACAAGGAGCAGUUUCCUGUGGACGGCUGGAAGGUAUAUGACCCAACAGCAGAGUACAGACGUCAGGGCCUUCCUAAUGAAAGCUGGACCAUCAGCAAGAUGAACAGCAGCUAUGAGCUGUGUGACACCUAUCCUUCCACCUUGGUCAUCCCCACCAACAUCACAGAAGAAGACAUCAAACGGGUGGCUGUGUUCCGAGCCAAGCACCGCAUCCCGGUCCUGUCCUGGAUUCACCCUGAGUCUCAAGCAACUAUUGUACGCUGCAGCCAGCCGCUAGUCGGCCCUUCAGACCGCCGCUGUAAAGAGGACGAACGCUACCUCCAAAUCAUCAUGGACGCCAACGCUCAGUCCCACAAGCUGACCAUCUUCGACGCCCGGCAGAGCAGUGUAGCACUCACCAACAAGGCAAAGGAUGGAGGGUAUGAAAGUGAGAGCUUCUACCAAAACGUGGAGCUGAACUUCCUAGAAAUCCCCAACAUCCAUGUGAUGAGGGAGUCUCUGAGGAAGAUGAAGGCCGUGGUUUAUCCCACCAUUGAUGAAGCCCACUGGCACUCCGCUAUUGACCAGACACACUGGCUGGAAUACAUACGGCUGUUAUUAGCAGGAGCAGCAAAGAUAGCUGAUAAGCUGGAGUCUGGAAAGACGUCGGUGGUGGUUCACUGCAGUGACGGCUGGGACCGGACUGCUCAGCUCAGCUCUCUGGCCAUGCUGAUGCUGGACAGUUACUACCGCACGCUCCGAGGAUUCCAGGUUCUGGUGGAGAAGGAGUGGAUAAGUUUUGGACACAAGUUUGCUGCUCGCGUGGGUCACGGCGAUGAGAACCACGCCAACUCAGAGCGCUCGCCUCUCUUCGUCCAGUUCAUCGACUGCGUCUGGCAGAUGACUAGACAGUUCCCAGCAGCCUUUGAGUUCAACGAGCUGUUUCUGAUCACAGUGCUGGACCACCUCUACAGCUGUCUGUUUGGUACAUUCCUGUUUAACAGCGAGCAGGAGAGGGCGACCAAGGAGGUGCAGACCAAGACUGUGUCCCUGUGGUCCUACAUCAACAGCCAGCCGGAGGACUUCAGCAACCCCUUCUAUGUGGACUACGAGCACCACGUUCUGUAUCCGCUGGUUUCCUCCAGACACCUGGAGCUGUGGACCGCCUACUACGCCCGCUGGAACCCCCGCAUGAGACCCCAGGUGCCGGUCCACCAGACGCUGAAGGAGCUGCUAUUGAGAGCGGAGCUGCAGCGGAGGGUGGAGGAGCUGCAGAGAGACGCCACCUCCCACUCCCCUCCGGAACACUCGCCCUCACUCACAGGAACUCCCCUGCACAGCGCCGUCUGACGCACACACACACAC